GUCAGACUAGAAAAGGCACAAAAAAAGCCUGGCCUCGCCUUCACAGGAAACCACUCGAGUUUCGUGCGAUUUGCCAGUGGAAACGACGGAAUCGCCAUUAAAAGUAGGAAACGACAUAAGGAACGAUGUACCCGAACACUCUGACACAGCUGGCACGUACGAAUCCCUUUACCUCCCCGUUAUUCACACUACAUAAAGUUGAAGAACCGACGCAGAGCGCUCCCUCUCAUGUGGAAGGCAAACCCAGACUGGCCGCUGCGGCUGUCGCUGAUUCUGAAGUGAGCUGUGACUUUGGAUCUAUGAAAUACUAUGCCCUGUGUGGCUUUGGAGGUAUCCUCAGCUGCGGACUCACCCACACAGCGAUUGUCCCCCUUGACUUGGUCAAGUGCCGACUCCAGGUGGACCCUGCCAAGUACAAGAGCAUCUUCAAUGGUUUCUCAGUCACAUUGAAGGAAGAUGGUACCCGGGGCCUGGCUAAGGGCUGGGCUCCCACAUUCAUCGGCUACUCUAUGCAAGGCCUCUGCAAGUUUGGCUUCUACGAAGUCUUUAAGACCGUGUACAGUGACAUGCUCGGGGAGGAAAACACCUACUUGUGGAGGACGUCUCUGUAUCUGGCAGCAUCGGCCAGCGCUGAGUUCUUUGCUGACAUAGCCCUGGCUCCCAUGGAGGCGUGCAAGGUACGCAUCCAGACCCAGCCCGGCUACGCCAACACCCUGAGAGAGUGUGCACCCAAGAUGCACGCAGAGGAAGGACUCUGGGCCUUUUACAAGGGAGUAGUUCCCCUUUGGAUGAGACAGAUCCCCUACACCAUGAUGAAGUUUGCCUGCUUCGAGAGAACAGUGGAGAUGCUGUAUAAGUAUAUGGUCCCCAAGCCCCGUAGCGAGUGCUCCAAGUCGGAACAGCUAGUGGUCACUUUUGUGGCUGGCUACAUCGCUGGCGUGUUCUGUGCCAUUGUGUCUCACCCUGCUGACACUGUGGUGUCUGUACUGAACAAGGAGAGUGGCAGCACAGCCAUCCAGGUGCUCAAGAAACUUGGACCAAAGGGUGUGUGGAAGGGUUUGGUGGCCCGUAUCAUCAUGAUCGGUACCCUGACAGCCCUGCAGUGGUUCAUCUACGACUCUGUUAAAGUGUACUUCCGCCUGCCCCGCCCUCCUCCACCGGAGAUGCCGGAGUCACUCAAGAGGAAACUGGGGCUCGCUGAAUGAGUAUGUUGCCUUUUUAUAUCACAAAACCCUUUGCACAAGAUAGGGGCCGUACGUUGCAUGCAGCACACAAUUACAGCACACUCAAGGCCUUCUUCCUGUGCCGGUCACUGCAGGCCUGCUGGCUGUUUUCUCCUGUCCUGCCCUCGACCAACUGGUCAGAUACCAUUUCUGAGGAGUUAGGGAGAAGGGUUCACUUCUCUCUUUGGGGGGGGGGGGGGGGGGGGGGGGAAUGUUGUCAGAGGAAACAUGCUAUCAGGUUUUAACAUGACUGACUGUAGAUUGUUAUUGGUGCUUUUGUGAAUAAACAAACUAAACAUCUA